UCUUCUCUCUCUCUCUCCCUUCUCUUCUCCCGUUUCUUCUCUCGCUCCGAGGCGAAGCGGCGAAAAGGCGAGGAGAAGGACGAUGGACGGCGACCCAGAACUCGUGGGGGGAUUGGUGGGAAGAUGCAUCGAUGCGGCGACCGCAAGCGCGGAGAGCGUCGAGAGGUGGCGGAGGCAGCGGCGAACCCUGGAUCGCCUCCCCUCCUACCUCGCUGACGCCCUCCUCCGACGCAUUAUCCAACGCCGCAUCCUCCUCUACCCCUCCUGGCUCGAAAUUUUUCAGAAUUCUGCAGAGGAGAUUGACUUGAAAGGUGAGAGCUCGGUUGAUGUGGAGUGGUUGGCAUAUUUGGGUGCAUUUCGUCAUUUACGUCGUUUGAAUCUUGCCAACUGCAGGGCAGUCAACAAUUCUGCAAUAUGGUAUCUUUCAGGAAUGAAUAAUUUAAAAGAGUUGGACUUGUCAAGGUGCUCUAAGAUUACUGAUGCUGGCAUUAAGCAUGUUUUGGCCAUUCAAAAUUUGGAGAAACUACAUGUGUCGGAGACUGGAUUAACUUCUAAUGGAGUUGUUCUCCUUUCUUCACUUCAAAAUCUGAAUCUACUGGAUUUAGGAGGAAUUUCCAUUACUGAUGAGGCACUUUGUUCAUUACAGGUUUUGACAAAUCUUGAGUAUCUGGAUCUAUGGGGUAGUAAAAUUUCGAACAGAGGAGUUCCUGUCCUUGAAAUGUUUCCCAAGUUGAGCUUCUUAAAUAUAGCAUGGACAGAGGUCACCGAGUUGCCAUAUCUUCCUUCUAUAACAUGUUUGAAUAUGAGUAAUUGCACCAUUUGCUCUAUAUUUUAUGGAAAAGGCAGCACAAGUGCCCCUUUACUGAAGCUUUUUGGUCUUGGAGCCACUUUUGUUGAUGCUGACAAAGUAUUUUCCAUCAUAGAUACUAGCCAUGUAACGUACUUGGAUGUUUCUAGCUCUUCUAUUUGCAAUUUGCAUUUUUUGGUCAAAAUGGACAUGAUUGAGCACUUGGAUGUUAGCUUCUGUGGAAUAACUGAUGAUUCAGUUGAAUACAUUGCAAAAGCUGGGAAAGGUUUGAAAUUCUUGAAUGCCAGCAAUAGCAAGCUCACAUCCCAGGGAAUAUGUGUUUUGGCUGGAAAUGUCAUCAACUUGGAAACCCUGUAUCUGUCAAAUACAUCAGUUGAUGAUGUUGCACUUUCCUAUAUCGCAUUGAUGCCUUCUUUGAGGAUUGUUGAUUUAAGCCGAACAAAAAUAAAAGGUUUCGCUUAUGAAAAAAGUCAAGACAAUCUAGAGAAGACAUUCCCAUUAAGCUUGCUUCAGAAUCUCAGUCACCUGGAAAGUUUAAAUUUGGAAGAUACAUUAGUAGAAGAUGAAGCAUUACUUCCCUUGGUUUUCUUGAAACAAUUGAGAUGCCUAUAUCUGAAGAGUGAUUUACUCUCUGAUGUCUCCUUGCAUAUUUUGUCAUCAUUCUCUAGCUUGGAGUAUCUUGGAUUUCGCAAUGCUGUACUCAGCAAUUCUGGGCUUCUUCUUUUUGUGCCUCCAAAGGCACUUCAUACAUUAGAUUUGAGGGGGUGUUGGCUUUUGACGGAGAAUGUUUUUUCAUCAUUCUGUAAACUACACCCUCAGAUUGACCUAAGACAUGAACUUGUUGGAACGGUUCCAAUUGAUGAAAAUGUUUCUGCUGGUUCAACUUCAUUACAUAAAACGUACCUAACAUCAGUAGUGAGAUCUGAAGGGUAUGAUGGGUGCUUUGUAGAUGAAAGAAUCAAGUACAGCAUGGAGGACUUGUUGGGGUUGCAGCUCUCAUCUUUAUCAACUCCAGCUUUGCAUGGUCUAAAUAUGCUACCAAAGGAACUGAAGAGAACAGAGGCACUUGCUGGAUUUGGCACAAAGUUAGCAGGACCUGAGGUACGCCCUCUUUCUCGUUUGGUGAACGGAGUUGGCUUACCACGUUUCUUCUGUUUUCAUGGACGGUGCAGAUCUGGCGGCAGCUCUUCCCAUUCGUCUUCCCCACAGACCUCAAGCUCAGUACAAAAAAAAUUAUACACGGAGACAACAUAUCAACCAAAGAACCGCAUGAUCUCACCAGUAGUCACCACAGGAACAUUCCCCAUUACAAAUAUGAUGGAACCGACGCGAAGAUUCUUAAAUACCCGAAUAGGCUUUGGAGCUGAAGUGUUGAUGAGGCCGAAGGCAACUGCAAUCUUCUCGCUGUGCUGAAGCAGGUACUGUUCUUUAAUCUCUUCCUCUACGUCGUGCAGAACGAAGUUGGUGUUCGGCACAUAACCCAUUUCCUUUAUCUCAGCAAACAGUUCAUCCAACUUGGCGUAGAUCUCCCAAGCCUGUGGGUGACUGGUAUCCCCUACAUGAAACUUGUGGAUGCUGUUCUCCAUCUCCACCCAGCUCAGUCCAGCUUCUUUGCUCAGCCUCCUCUCCUUCAUGCCACGCCUUAUCAUGGCCACAUCCUCCCAUCUGCCUGCCUCCGCAUACAAGUUCGAGAGCAAGACAUAGGCUGCUGGAUCCUCCGGAGCCAACUCCAAGAUGUUCUUGGCAACGAUUUCUCCCAGUCCGAUGUCUCCAUGAACUCUGCAAGCACCCAACAACGUCUUCCAGACCAAGGCAUCAGCUUCGGCCGGCAAUGACUUCACGAAGCCGAAAGCUUCUUCCACUCGGCCCGAUCGCCCCAGCAGGUCUACCAUGCAGGCAUAGUGUUCCAUCGUCGGAGCCACGCCGUGGUCCCUUUGCAUGGCGCGGAAGUGCUCCCACCCUUCUUCGAUCAGACCUGCAUGACUACAAGCAGACAGAACAGCGACGUAGGUCACCGCGUUCGGCUUCGCCCCCGUGGCCACCAUGUCGUGGAACAAUCCCAGGGCUCGAGCUGCAUCCCCGUGUUUGGCGAAACCGGUGAUCAUGGCGGUCCACGAGAUCACGUUGCGGUCACCCAUCUCGCCGAAAGCUCGGCAGGCGUCGUCGAUGCUGCCGCACCUCGAGUACAUGGAUACCAGCGAGUUACCCACGCCCACAUCUGACCCGAAUCCUGCCUUAAGCAUCUGGGCGUGCAAUUGCUGGCCUUUGCUCAUCAUCCCAACGCUCGCCGCCGCGCUCAGGAGACUCGCGAACGUGAAGGCACUCGCUCCCACAUCCAUGCUCUCUAUCUGAUAGAGUAGCUCCAGGGCUUCUUCACAGUCUGAGUUCUUGGCAUAUCCAUCGACGAUUGCGUUGUAGGAGACCACAUUCUUCUCGUACAGUAAGCUGAAAGCUCUCCGGGCUUCUUCCAUCC